UCCGGACACAACAAUCAGCCUCACCUGGAUAUGAAUACAACAGAAUGUAAACCCUACGAGAACAAAUCUUAUACAUAUGUAACCUUGUCAUGAUAUUCCGAAAAGGACGUAUCUUUUAAUGGUUCUGGAAAGAACCCCAACGUUCUGCUUCGUCUCCACACUUACACAGUUGUGUGCUGCGUCGAUUUCUCCUCAGCCCUUUGGAAGGGCGCCAAUUCACAUUUUAUCCCUCGCAAUGAAUCAAUCGGAGGAGAAAACCCCUGGUCAAAAAGUGUCAAAAGUUUCGUAAGUCUCAAUUGGUGAUGUGGUCGUACACAAUGGCUAAAACCCUCAUAGAUGUGAGAGGUGCCGGUACAGGAGGGUGAGCUAUUUCAGUGAUGUUAUCCUCGCAAUUGUAUCAAUGUCUGACCAUAAAAUGCCAGAUAAGAUGCGAUCGCAUGCAGCCAUGCCCUGCAUGCCGGAAAGGAAAUCAUGAGUGUGUUUAUCCUCAAUCGGAAAAGUCGAGGUGCGUUCCUGUGCAGCCACUAAACCAAAAUUUCUCUAACUCCAUUCCGUUUUCCUGAGUCUAGACCAGUCCCAAAAGGCUACGUACAAGCUUUGGAAGGGCAAAUAGCCUCUCUGGAACUGUUCAUCACCAAACUUGUCGCUGCAGAUGCUUCCAAGCGAGACGAAAUGUUGGCUAAUUUCAGCGCUUCUACGAAUCACCUGAGUCUACAGUGGAAGCAAUCAUCUGCUUUACCAAAAUCCGACCCAUUAGACACUCCGAAUAUCCCAAUACGUCCAAGGACUGGCCAUCUGAGAAAACUUAAGGACGGUAAUUCGGCUGAAUUUUAUGGUGCGACCAGCUUUUCCAGAUUAAUCCGUCAGAGUAUCCAGAUGAUACUACUACGCCUACUUUACUACCACAGUCCGGAAUCACUUCGCCAAUUUUGUCACAAACAUCGAUUGUUGCAGGUGGCUACAUGCAAGAGCACUUAGCUUUUUCUCCUCGAAGCGAUAUUUGCAAAUACCUAAUGAGGAUAUUCUUCCGACAUCAAUACCAAUACCACAUGUGCUUGUAUCGGGAAUAUUUCCUAAGAGACUUCGAUGCUGGUACCGGACCAUAUUACUCAGAUCUUCUCAUGUAUGCCAUCUGUUCGAUGGGUGCUCUUGCUAGCGAGAGCACAGCCCAAAGGGAACUUUCCGAUAUGUUCUCCAAUCGUGCUCAAGAACUUUUAUAUGGAUUUGCACUCGAAUCCCCAAAUCUCACAGCUUUACAAGCUCUCAUACUUCUUGGUCACCGAGAAAUUGGACAUGGGAAAACUUCAAAAGGGUGGCUUUUUUCGGGCAUGGCUUUUCGUAUCGCCCAUGAAAUGGGGCUACAUCUUGAUCCUACUAAUUGAAAGGUUCUAAUAACUCCUGGAUUGACAGGGAAAUAUUACGUAGAACCUAUUGGGCUGCCUUUGUAGCAGAUAAGCAGUUGAGUCUCUAUUUUGGAAGACCACCUGCUCUUUACCCUGGAGAGUCAGAUGUCCACGAUACUGUACGAAUUCCUUACCCACCAGAAUGGAAGUCUCUUCUCAACAAAUACAUUAUGCCAGGCACGUCGGAGACUACAUAUGAGGAUGGCCUUACAUUAGUCGCUUCAUGGGUUCAUCAGAUUGAGCUUUGCAAGAUCUUACAUGGAAUGAUCACGAAAGUCUUCGAGAAUAGAAACUUGAAUACUGAUCCGACGAUCCUCGCGACCUCGAUUAGAGUAGUAGAUGUAGCCUUGACGAAAUGGCUUAAAGAUUUACCAGCGAAACUUCAGUGGUCAAGAUGGGAUGUGGCCGACGUGCCCCUUUGUCCUUCAUCUGCAGUAGGUCCGACAU